CUCAACUCGUCACCGUCACACCCCCAUCAUGCCGACCCAGUCUUGCUGGUCAUCUGAAACAAGCCCAUCGGCGGCUGACACACACGCUCUCGUUUCUCCAUGUUCUUUUCUUCUUUCUCCUAUCCUUAGUGUCCAUGCUUGGUUCAGUUGGGAAUUCCCUUUCCUCCACGCCAUGUUUUCUUUUCUUCCGCUGCAUAGGAAAUGGAUCGCCCGUCACCAUGCCCACCCUUUGACAAGCUCAUCGCCGUGAUGCCGCCGCUUUCGUCUUGAAGCCGCUCCUCCAUUAUCUGAUCAUCUCACCCAGUCCCGUACUCCGCCGCCGUAGCCCAUUUGAGGUUCCUCCUUCAGCCCGUCUUCCAGGACCCUUAUUCCUCGUGUUUGCUGUUUACUAUCAAACCUACAAAGUCAAUUAUAUGUGCAUCAACCGCGGGCUGCCUCUUGUGCGAUUCGCUGUAACCCUAGACCGGCCAAACUGAGACAUUCCUCCCUUGCUCUACACUGGCCUACACACACUCUCUCGGGCCCGGCUUUGGUUCGGCACCUCUGUAAGAUUGAGUCUGUAGCCACGCUCAUCUGAACUAUACCUUUACGUCUUUCUUCUAUAACCCAAUCACCAACGUUAUCUACGCCCGGCAAUGUCGACGGCGUACCGUCCCCCGUUCGUGGACGACCUCCUAGAGAACUGCUACGUGGACGACACACAAGCCUCAUAUCAAGCGUGGCUAGCCUCGGGUCCGGGCGACGGACUCAUGCGCGCCAUGGACGCCGUCCCCGCGCCGGUCACCUUCUCGUCGACGUCUGCCCAGUCUGCCCAUGACGCCAGCGAUAAGACUGCGCCCAAGGGACAUCACAUGCUGGCCGACGACACGUCAACACCAAGCGUCCCGCGAGCCCGCCCGAGGAGCGCGACCGUCCGGAAGCACUCGUCCAUGCCCUCUUCUGGCCCAGAGUCGCCCACGCGACGCCGCACCUUUGCCAUGGAGCCUGCUACCCAGAGCACCAAGAGCAUCCAGAGUAUUCAGAGCACGCUCGACGAAGUGAACCCCGCAGAUCCGGAGUCCUCCUCAGACGAGACGGUGGUGCCCCCAGCAGAAACACCCGAGAUUCAACACCAAUACGCCGAUUACCCAGUAUCGCCCACAGAGUCUACCUUGACCAGCUUCACGUCACUCACUGACACCACUCACGGAUCCGGCAGCUCCAGCGGCAGCGGCUCGACCAUCACCCAGGCAUCGUGGCCUCGACGACGAGGAAGCGACAAGUCCAGGGGCCACGAGAAAGUCUAUCUCAAAGGUCGCCGCCAGAGCCGUUCGCCUAAGACGCAGCAACAGCAGCAGCAGCAUUUCUCCAGCGUCCUGACCUAUCUCGAGCCAGACUCGCCCCACGUAACUCCGGAAAUCAUCCAGCGCUCCGUCGAGCAGUCGGCCUACUGGAGGAUGCCCGACCCCUCGAGCUUCCAGUCGCCCUCGACCCGGAGCAACGCCUCAACCGCCUCGAGCAGCUUCCAGAGCGAUGUCUUCUCCGAGAUGCCCAGCGACCACGAGACCGACAGGAGCAGCAGCCCGGACCACAGCGCCUACGGCGACUCGCCGUCCAUGCCCGGCAAGUUCGAGGUGCAGAUGGCCGACGCCGCCGCGGCCGCCGCGCACCGGCAGCAGCACGACUACCGCAGCUACGGCACCCCAGAGAUGCCGCGAGGCACCGCCAACCUCCCUCACCUCCCCCCAAACGCCCUUCAGCCGCGUCUCCCCGGCAUCCACAACGGCCAUGCGCCGAAGCACCUGCCCCGGGCCGAGAAGCUGCCGCUGACGGGCUACGAGCUGAUGGCCUCCAAGCUUUGUGCUCCCUCCAUCGCCGCGGACGCGGACUCGGACCGGCUUAGCAUCAAGCCCAUCUACCGCCGCUUUGAGGCCCUCAACCACCGCCUCCUCCUCCACCUUCAGGACGAGCUCGCAGAGCUCGAGGAGCAGCUCCACCGGCUCGACACAGCCGACACGCAGACGCGCCGCAUGCAAAACUGCUUCCUGCCCGCCUCGAGGCGGCAGGACGCCCUCACCGCCGGCGAGCUCCAGUGGCACAAGACGGACGUGCUGGGCAGGAUUGGCUACAAAAUCAGCCAGUAUAACCAAGUUCUCUCGUCCUUCAAAGAAACCCAGCACCUCCCUGCCCCGGACCCCCGCGACGUCGACCUUUACCGCGCCUACCUCGCCAACCACAACCCCAUCGUCGACAUCGAGACCCGCUUCCUCGACCCCCUCGACGACCUCGUCUCCCUUGCUCGGCCCUCGUCCAGCUCCUCCCGCGACUCGUUCCUCUCCGGCGACGAACUCAAGACCCCGCAGCAGCAGCAGCAGCCGCGCCGCUCGAGGUUCUCGGCCAUGAACCUCGAGGCGGGGAACAGGGCCGAGCGCGCGCGCCGCUUGCUGGUCGCCGCCCUCACCGGCUUCCUCCCCACCGUCGCCCUCGCCUUCGCUGCGGCCUUCCUGCUCCCCAUCCUCGCCUUCGCCGUGAUCCCCGGCUUCGUUGGCCGCAUGGCUGUCGUCCUCCUCGUCGCUGUCGGCGUCGCCGCGGGCGUCGUCCAGGCCGGGCUUUUCAGCGGCGGCGUCGAUCGGCCGGCCAAGGUCGCAGCCACAGAGGGCCUUCUCGCGUCGGGGGUAUAUGUCGGCGUCAUGGCAGUUGUCGCCGGGAUAUUUGGAUGACACAGUGGUGUAUAUUUGGGAUGGGAGGAGGUGAUGGAACGACUAACGCGACGAUACCCCCUUGAAUUUCAGUCUCUGCUUUCAUCUGUCCUCACGCACAAAUGAUGAAAUCACGUAGCGAGCACGGCC